UGACGUCAACAAAAUUUUUGUGACUGCUAUGAACCGAAACAGCAGGUCCUCUUACAUAGACUCUUAACCUCCACCAUACACCAACCAUCAUGGCUGUAGCAUCGUCGACGGUCCCCUCGAAGGAGCAAGUCUUGAUUCCUGAGUCUCUUCUCAAGAAGAACAAGGCUCAAAACAAGACUCGCGAGCAGCUUGUUGCUGCUGCGGCUGAGAAGAAGGCGGCCGCUCAGAAGAAGCGCGAGUUGAUUGCCAAGCGUACUGAGGCUUACGACGUCGAGUACCGCAAGGCUGAGCGUGAGCAAAUUGAUCUUGCUCGCAAGGCUCGUGCUGAGGGCAACUACUACGUUCCCGAUGAGCCCAAGUUGGCCUUCGUUAUCCGUAUCCGCGGUAUCAACAACAUUGCUCCCAAGCCUCGUAAGGUUUUGCAAUUGCUCCGUCUUUUGCAAAUCAACAACGGUGUCUUUGUCAGAUUGACCAAGGCUACCCAAGAGAUGCUUCAAAUUGUUGAGCCCUACGUUACCUACGGUGUUCCCAACUUGAAGGCUGUCCGUGACCUCAUCUACAAGCGUGGUUACGGUAAGGUCAACAAGCAACGCACUGCUCUCUCUGACAACGCCAUCAUUGAGAACGCUUUGGGCAAGUACUCCAUCAUCUCCAUUGAGGACUUGAUCCACGAGAUUGCCACCGUUGGUCCCAACUUCAAGCAAGCCAACAACUUCCUUUGGCCCUUCAAGCUCUCCUCUCCCCGUGGUGGCUGGAGAGAGCGCAAGUUCAAGCACUUCAUCGAGGGUGGUGAUGCUGGCAAGCGUGACGAGCACAUUAACAGCUUGAUCAAGCAAAUGCUUUAAAAAGGACGUAGUGCUACCCGUUAGACAGCAAACACCUAUGGACGCAUGCACAGGACGGUGCUAGUUUUGGUCUGUUUUCGUAGUUGUGUAGAACUGGGUUAGACCUGGACGAUGUCAUAAUACCGAGCGGUUAUCCCGACGAGUGAAUUAUGGAAAGUGUCGUUCGGCCUUGGGUUGGUGCUCGUAAGUUGCGUAGUUGGGUUUGGUUGCCUUGUUGUCUCCUGCAUUGCACAGGGUCUAGUUAUUUCGGUCUGUUUGUUUGCAGUAUGGCGUGUAUUGUUUAGUCUGAG